AAUAAAAAUGUGCAAAAAGUAAUUGAAAUGGCAUUAAAAUAACGCAAAUUGGGCUUAAUACGUGCUGGUUAUUAUUUCUUGACAUAACCAGGAAGCUAUUCGGAGGAUUUAAGUAACAAAUAUUUUUUUGGGGUGAUGACAGUUGACAUAAACAAAAACAUAACCUUACAAGUGAAUACAUUUUUUUCAAAUUAAAAUUGGUGGUGGUGUGGUGCUUGGUGUUAAGCCGAUUUCUUGAAAUGGCUCAACCACUGUGCACGUUGUGCGAGUGUCCUGUCGAAACUCUGCACUUCGAUCUCCGACAAUCGGUCUCCAACGAUACAAGAACCCCUCUGUUGAUGUUGCUCCAAGACUGCGCUGAGGAAGAGUUUUGCAUAACAAAUUAUUUCGUUUGCGAGAUGUGUUAUCGCCUCCUGAAUGAACUAGACAGUAUUAAAGUUAGAGCAAGGAACAUCGAAAACAAGUUUAAACAAUAUUUGCGUAAACACUGCCCCAACAAAAACUACAUUGAACGAGAAGCGAGCAAUAAAAGCGAGGAAUGCACAAUGUGUGGUCAAAAAAUCCCCGGUGCGAGUUUCAAGGAUCACCUGAAGACGCAUGAUUUGGAGACAGGUUUUAAUAUUGAUGAUCUCAGUUCGGUGUCUGAGAUUCAGUCCACGCUGGAUUUGUUUACGAAAGAAGCGGGAAGUGAAAGUGUGAAGAAAAAACAGAAGGAUGGGACGGAUCCAAAACCCUAUAAAUGUACUCAGUGUUCCAAAACCUGGAAAACGCCAACGGAACUGAAAAAUCACAUGUCGGCGCAUAGCAAGGAACGUCCCUACAUUUGCGAAAUUUGUGGCCAGGCGUACAAGCGCCAACAAGCUUUAACAAUCCACGUAGGGAUGCACAAAGGGAUCAAUCCCUUCACGUGUGUCUACUGCAACAAAUCAUUCACGCAGAAGGGGGCUUUGAUGAGGCACACACCCAUCCACACAGGGGAACUACCGUUUCAAUGUGAUACGUGUGGUAAAAGAUUCGUUCACCACACCUCCUUCAAUAUUCAUAAAAUCACUCACACUGGGCAAAAACCGUACAAAUGUGACGUCUGUGGCUUUUUGCUGAUAUCAGCGUCACACCUUAAAAGACACAUGAGGGUGCAUACUGGCGAGAAGAAAUUUUCUUGUGGCACUUGUGGGAAAAAGUUUGCGGAAAAGUACAACUUGGCUGUUCAUGAAAAACUGCAUUUGGGGGUUUCCAAGAAGAAAACAUACCAGUGCCAGAUUUGUGAUAAUGUGUACAACGGUCAAAUGAAACUAGAGGAGCAUCUGCUCAGUGUCCACCACAAGGUGCACCCAACAGACCCAUUAUCAUUACCAUAACUUGUUAUCACUUGGCAAGAGAAUAGUGAAUUGUUUGAACGUGUUCUAAUAAAUUGUUAAUUUUUACGAAAA